AUGGCGGCUAAUGUGACCCCUGUGGAUAUUAAAAAGGUGAUCUUUGCUAUGAAUAAGCAUAAGGCACCGGGGCUGGAUGGAUUUUCUGCAGGAUUCUAUCAACGGGCUUGGGCUAUAGUUCGUCAAGAUGUUUUAGAUGCGGUUCUGGAAUUUUUCCAGACAUGUAGUCUUUUGAAAAGAGUGAAUACCACUAUUAUCACCUUGGUUCCUAAAAAGAAAAAUUCAGCCACCAUGGGUGAUUACAGACCCAUUUCGUGUUGUAACAUCAUCUACAAGUGCAUAACUAAGAUCCUAGCUAAUAGGCUUCUUUCGGGCCUAGAUGAUAUUAUAAGUUCCAAUCAAGGGGCUUUUAUUCCGAAGAUGAGUAUCUCGAAAAAUAUCCUUCUUGCUCAAGAGAUGAUGAAUGAGGGUGUAUUUCUGGUUAAGUGCCUGGGAGUUCCCCUUAUUACCAAGAGAUUGAUGGCAGCAGAUUGUGAGAGCCUUGUCUUAAAGUUUACUACACGAAUUGACUCGUGGUUGGUUAAACACUUGUCUUUUGCAGGCCGGCUUCAACUUAUCAAGUCUUUUCUUUGUAGCCUUCAGGUCUAUUGGUGCAGAAUUUUAAUUCUCCUAAAGAAAGUCAUCUCUCUGUUAGAACAAAAGCUCAAUCGGUUUCUUUGGUGUGGGCAAGAUGUGAAAGCUAAGGCCAAGGUGGUUUGGGAUAAAGUUCGUUCUCCAAAGAAGGAAUGGGGUUUGGGUAUAAAGAGGUUGGAGGUUUGGAAUCAGGCAUCUAUGCUGAUUCGCAUCUGGAAUUUGUUUGCUAAAGCCGAAUGUCUAUGGGUGGCUUGGGUGGAUGAAGUUUGGUUGAAGGGGAAGAGUUUGUGGCAGAUACCUAUUCCCCAAACAUGUUCUUGGAGUUGGAGGAAAAUCUUGAAACUAAGGCCUAUUGCACGGUCUCUUCUCAGCUUCAAGGUAGGAGAUGGUAGCAAGAUAUUUCUAUGGUAUGAUACUUGGCACCUUGCUGGAUGUCUAAUAGAUAGAUAUGGGUACAGGGUUGUCUAUGAUGCAGGUUUUUCUAUUGGCCCGAAACUUUCAUCUAUCAUUAGAAAUGGAGAGUGGUACUGGAAGAGUGUUCGAUCAAAUAGUCUAGCUGAGAUUCAAAGUAGAUUGCCGAAAAUUCUUAUUGGGUCUGAAGAUAUUCCUGUCUAG